UUUCUUUUCCUUCCAAUUCCUUCCAACUAAAUAAAGGCUACGAGUCUACAACUUCCUUCUCGAUCCUUCUUCUUUUUCUCUUCGGAUUCGCGGGGUUUUCGAUUUGAUUUCACAAAUAAAAGGGAGGAAACUGACGAGACCAACGACCAACACAAAAACAAUGGAUCAUGAUACUGAUACAGCUGCUAUUGCCGCAGCAAUGGUGGCGAAGUUUCGCGAGGAAUCCGAGAAAACCAGAAAAAUGCUUGAUGAAACUACACGAGCUUGCAAUCAACAAACAGUGAUGAUCGAAAAAAGUUUGGUCCCUGCUGUGAAGCAAUUGGCGGCCGCAGUGCAGGGUUUGGAGCAGGUUAACAGGGGAGGUCGCACGCAAAUUCAUAUUCACAUCUCGUGCUUGAGCAUUGUGCUUCUAGCUUUGAUGAUGGCUAUGUACUGCCUUUCUGAUUACAAACCUCAACACGGUUCAAUGGAGUGGUACCUGAAAUGGGCGUUGCCAUGCCUGCUCGGAAUUCUGGCAGCGGGUAUGAUCGAGAACUAGUGUAUAGUGACUGUGUUAGUGUAGCUGGAAUUGCUGGUUUUUGUGGGUUUGUUUCAGCAACUGAACUAUUAUAGCUAUUAUAGAAUGGUGGCAUAGGGUAUUGGAAUUGAUUGUUGAAGCAUUCUUAGUGGUUAUUUUCUGCUUACUAAGGUGCUAUUAGCUGUUGUAAAUGAAGCAACAACUGUGCUAUUUGUUAGAUGGCAGCUUGGAUUUUGAAAUUACAAGCCUAAUUAGUGUAAUUAGCCGAAACAUGAAUUUUUUCCCUUUCAUGUUUUCUUGGUACA